UAAACGAGAGAAGAACAGAGAGACAGAUCAGACAACAAUGGCAGCCAAACCAGACCUGAAGUUGUUGGGCAUGUCGGUGAGUCCAUUCGUCAUCCGUGUUCGCAUGGCGCUGCACAUGAAGGGCGUGAGCCACGAGUACAUCGAGCAGGACCUCUUCAACAAGAGCGAGCUCCUCCUCGAGUCCAGCCCGGUGGAGAAGAAGGUGCCCGUGCUCAUCCACGACGGCAAGCCCGUAUGCGACUCGCCGGCCAUCGUGCAGUACAUCGACGAGGUCUGGGCCGCCACGGGGCCGCCGAUCCUCCCCGCCGACCCCUAUGAGCGCGCCGUCGCUCGUUUCUGGACCGCCUACGUGGACGACAAGCUAUUCCCUGCUUACGUUGGCACUGCUAAGGCAGCCACGGAGGAGGAGAGGACGCAACAGAUUAACGAGAUGUUCGCGGUGAUGGGGCAGCUGGAGGAGGCAUUUGCCCAGUGCUCAAACGGGAAGGCCUUCUUCGCCGGCGACUCCAUCGGCAACCUCGACAUCGCCGUUGGAUGCAAUCUGCUCUUGCUCGAGGUGCUACGCAGUAUGUAUGGCGUGGAGUUCGUCGACACUGGGAGGACCCCGCUCUUGGCAGCGUGGGCGAAGCGGUUCGGGGAAACCGAUGCGGCGAGGGAGGUGGUGCCCGACGUGCACGUCGCCGUGGAGUACGCCAAGAAGCGUCAGGCUUAUUGGGCUGCUGCCGCGGCUACAAAGUGACAUGAUUCAGAUCAGAUCAGUCCGAGUACUACGGACUGAAAAUUAUCUCAAGUCCAUAGGAUGUUGCUCCAACAAUAAAGAGGACAAAUCAUGGAUACACCAUCUUAAACAUGAUGAUUAACUUACCUCACGGGGUUAUCCAACAAUCGCUGAUUUAGUUAUUGAUCCUAGUAGUAGUCUAGAUACGCAACGAAGUGACAUUUUUUUCA